CGUUUUCUUAAUUGUCAUGGUUAGACUCACUACUAUUGGUGCCUAUGUUGUAUUGGCGUCUCCUUUGGUGUUUGCACAGAGCUCAACUCCUUCUGCCAGCACUCCAGUUCAAGGUAUUCUUGCUGAGGCCUCAAGUAUCCUUGCCAACGCGCCUAUUCGCUCUCUUGUAGGAGAGGCUACAUCUGCAGUGGGUGCCUUUCCAAGUGCUGUCCAUAGUUCUGUAAGCAGCAUACUUUCUGUGGCCAACCAUCCUGUUAUUUCGAAUGCAGGUCCCAAUCCUGCUGCAACAGCCGCCCCCAAAUCUAUUCCAAAGGCUACCGCUGCCCAAUCUGGAGCUGCUAAAACCAGUGUUACAGGAAUAGUAGUAUUCAUUGCCGUCCUUGGCUUGUUCCUUUAAAUCUCCCCCGACCAUCCAUGCAUUCAGUUUUUCCAUUAAAUCAUACCAAUAAAGAAACUCCUCUUCUUUUUAUUGACGAG